CAGCAGGAAGAGCCGCUGCCCAGAGAGGACCCACCGAGCGAGCACCCAAAGGCCCAGAGAAGAGCGGCAGGAGGCCCCCUCCCGGCCGGCCGCCAUGGCCCCCCCGGGCCGACUCCUGCUCCUGCUGCUGCUCCUGGCUGGCAGCUCUUCUCAAGAGGAGGGGGCAGAGAACCACAGCCCGAGCUGUCCCAAAGAUUCGACCCGCUUCAAACACCUCCGGAAAUACGUGUACAGCUAUGAGGCCGAGAGCGCCAACGCCGUGGCGGGCACCGCAGACUCUCGCAGUGCCACCAAGAUCAACUGCAAGGUGGAGCUGGAGGUCCCCCAGCUCUGUAGCUUCAUCCUGAGGGUGAGCCAGUGCACCCUGAAGGAGGCGGCCGGCUUCAGCGCGGAAGGCAAGGCCCUGCAGAGGAAGACCAAGAACUCGGACGAAUUCUCCGAAGCCAUGUCCAGGUACGAGCUCCGGCUCAGCAUAUCCGAGGGGAAGAAGGUGCUUCUGUACCCCGAGAAGGAGGAGCCGGCCCACAUCCUCAACAUCAAGAGAGGCAUCAUCUCGGCCCUGCUGGUGCCCAUGGAGACGGACGAAGAGAAGCAAGAGCUGCCUGUGGACACGGCCUACGGGAGCUGCCCCAGCGUCGUCACCGUCCAAGCACGAAAAGGGAACGUCGCCACCGAGAUGACCAUCCAGAGAAACCUGGAGAAAUGCGACGGAUUCCGGCCCGUCAGCAAGGCCGCCAGUCCCAUCGCCCUCGUCCGAGGCCUGGGCGGCCCCUUGUCCAGGCUGCUCAGCAGCGAGCAGACGUGCCAGUACACUCUGGACCCUCGGAGGAAGCACGUGGCAGAAGCCGUCUGCAGGGAGCAGCAUCUCUUCCUGCCCUUCUCCUCCAAGAAUCAGUACGGCCUGGCGGCCCACGUCACGCAGACCCUGAGACUCGAAGACGCCCCCAAGAUAAACAGCCGCUUCUUUGAUGAAGCAGCUUCCCAGACGGCAGGGCUGGCCGUGGAGAGCACGCAGGCCCUGGCCCCCCCCAAGCAGGAAGGGGAGACGCUGGUGAAGACCCUCCAGGACAUGCAGAAACUGUCCGCCUCGGGCCAGAACGAGGCCAGGGCCAACCUCUUCAGUAGCCUGGUCAGGGGCCUGCGAGGGCUCCGGGAGGACGCCGUCACCUCGCUUCUGCCCAAGCUUCUCGAGGUCUCCAGCCCCGUCACCCUGCAGGCCUUGGUGCAGUGUGGACAGCCCCAGUGCUACACGCACAUCCUGCGCUGGCUGAAAAGCGAGAAGGCCAACCCCGUGCUGGUGGACGCCGCCUCGUACGUCGUGGCCCUCCUGCCCAGUCCCUCUGCCCAGACGCUUCAGGACAUCUUCCGAGCGGCCCGGGAGCGGCCCAGCCGCGUCACGCUUUAUGCCCUGAGCCACGCGGUGAACAACUUCUACACGGAGACCCCCGCGGCGAGCCAGGAGCUGAAGGACAUCGCCGACUACUUGAUGUCCCGGCUGGGGAGCGAGUGUGCAGCGGGCAGCGAGCAGGACACCUACCUGACCCUGAGGGUCAUCGGCAACAUGGGCAGAGCCCUGGAGGAGGCGAGCCCCCAGCUCAAGGCUUCCCUCCUGAAAUGCGUCCAGGGCCCGGCGCCGGCCCCGGCCGUGCAGAAAGCCGCCAUCCAGGCCCUCCGGAAGAUGGAGCUGACGGAGGAGGUCCAGAGCGUCCUUCUCCAGGCCUUCCUGGACGCCGCGGCGCCCGAAGAGAAGCGCCUGGCCGCCUACCUGCUGCUGAUGAGGCGGCCGGCCCCGGAGAGCCUCCGCCGAGUGCUCGCUGCCCUGCAGACCGAGAGGAGCGAGCAAGUCAAGGCCUUCGUGGCCUCUCACCUGGCCAACAUCUUGGGCUCCGAGGACCCCUACGUACAAGACCUCAGAAGCCAAGUGGAAGAAGCUCUCCAAGGCUCCCAGCUCCCCCUUGCCUCAGACUUCAGGAGGUUUUCCCAGAACUACCAGUUCUCCCAGAUGUUCUCUAUCCCCACAAUGAGCCCCUUCUUGGUCAAGGCAGAGGGGAACCUCGUGUUGGACCCCCACAAUUACCUCCCCAAGGAAACCAUGCUGAAAACCACCCUGUCUGUCUUUGGCUUUCAUCCCACAGACCUCUUUGAGAUCGGCCUAGAGGGGAAGGGCUACGAGCCCACCCUGGAAGCCCUCUUUGGGAAGCAGGGCUUCUUUCCCGACAGUGCCACCAAGGCCUUGUACUGGGUGGAUGAGAGAGUCCCUGACCCAGUGUCCAAGGUCCUAGUGGACCACUUUGGCUACAGCAAGGACGAGAAAAGGGACCAGGACAUGGUGAACGGCCUCAUGCUCAACUUUCAGAGGCUUCUCCAGGACUUGGGGGCCAGGGAGGCCCCCGAGGCCCAAGCCUACCUGCGCGUCCUGGGCCAGGAGCUGGGCUACCUCAAGCUGGAGGACCUCAAGGUCUUGGGGGCGGCGCUGCUCAGGACCGUGAAGUCCUUGAAAGGCCUUCCUCAGCUGAUCGCCGAGGCCGUCACCCGAGGCUCGCAGGGCGACAUGUUCCUUCACUACCUCUUCCUGGACACCACCAUCGAGCUCCCCACCGGCGCCGGGCUGCCCCUCCAGCUGGCCACAUCUGGCCUCUUCGUGCCCGGGCUCAGAGGCGGCCUGAAGCUUCAAGUGGCCGACAAGCGGGCAGAGCUGGUGGCCCGGCCCUCCCUGUCCGUGGAGCUGGUGACCCAC